UAAUGAACACCUUCCCCUCCUUCUCCACACCUCCACCUAACCCACCCACCAUCCAUUCAGUGUGUAAGCCCUGUCUCCGGGCCCCGUGGAGGAUGAAUGAUGUGGCCACACUUGACUACGAGUUGCUGCUGUCCCCGGCCAGCUCCUCCUUGCCUGGCAGUCCUGGCGGCGGCAGCAGCAGCCCCCCUCUGGCUUUGGUUGGAAUGGACACAGAACAGCGUACCGCCUUGGCUUUUGUAGGCCUCCUUAUGCUCUUCUUGGUCUUCCUGCUGGUCAGGUGCUUCAGGAUCCUGCUGGACCCCUACAGCCGCAUGCCUGCAUCAUCCUGGACUGACCACAAGGAGGGGCUGGAGAGGGGUCAGUUUGAUUAUGCACUGGUGUAGGGUAAAAACUGGUUGUGGACAAGAGAAAAAAUAUUUCAUUCCACACAGACUUUUUUCUUUUGUUUUUGGGAAGACUAAAGAAAAGUUUGUUAGGUUUAAAUCACUGUUUUCUGGUGUAAAUAUGAGGCUGCAGGACUGUGUGAAAUCAUAAGAGGCUCUCCCUGCAACACAAACACUUUUAGCUCAGAUUUUGGAAAACAAAGAACAAAAACCAUUACCUGCACUGUUGCCUUAACCUGACCUACUGUAACAUUUUACCACACCACACUAUCAUUGUUGGCCUAAGUUUCCUUAAGCCCAGAGCUUGUCAGUGUUACACUAUAUGAUUUUGGACACAUCUCUCACAACCUCAAAGCUGCAUUUUUGAACACCCUCAUAGGCAGAACUCAAAUGAAGGAGUUUACACUUAAGCAGAUGCCCCUUUAAAAACCUGUGGUCCAGUACAAAGUGUCUAUGAUUUAAGUGCUGAUCAAGGAACAGAAACUUUGUAGUGCUGAUUCUGAUCCUCAAACAGCACUGCAGCUCCAGAUGCUUUUGAAGACCCAAGGAGGUAGUUUCCAUGAAAUUGUGUCUGUUCAUGUUUAUGUUGUGUGUAUUAUUGUGUCUAUAUCUGAGAAGCCAUAUUGAAACUAUAUACUCCCUUAUCACUGCAAGUAGAGUUUAUGUUGACCUUUGCUUUAGUCUGCCUGCCAAGUGUGGUGAUGAAGCAAACAGCAACCUUUAGGCAAAAGAAAGCUUUAUUUUUCUAUUCUAGACUCAAGUUUUGGAGUCUCCUUUUUGCUAUCUUUUGUCUCUUCCUGUUACUCAACCAGUAUUUAGACUGUGGAUUUUUCAGGUAGUCAUGUGAGCCUGUUUUAGAAGGUGGCAAAGCUGAAAGCUCUGCUCUUUUGUGAUUGUAUUUUUCUGACUAUCUGCUUUCUUUUUGAUACACUGGAUUAAAACGGUGAAAUGAUAUUUUCUUCCUUAAUUACUCUUCUCUAAUUUGAGCUGGUAGUUGAACAGUGUGGGGAGUUUGCAUUGUUCAUGUUGAAAAUUAAAUAAAAAAUGACUGCUAUUUACUA